AUGGCCGCUCGAUUGCCUCCAUAAAAGAGUUUUGAAAAUAAAAGAAUACAACGUACAAAAAUACAUGCCAAAGGCAUAUUAAGAUUAAUAGAUAUUUAGAACAAGUGCUAUAACGAUAAAAGAAAUUAUCCAAAAAAGUCGACCAUGAGUUGUGUGAAGUCGCUGUUCGACCUCGCAACAAAUGUUUUUGUCAGACAUGUAAAUUUGUUGUGUGUGCAUACUGAAGCAAUACCUCCAGUUCUGUACGAGUGCUUGCUUAAAGCAUCUAUGGAAACAGACCGUAUUUUGUCAAUACGGCAUAUUUUCUUGUCCUGGCCUCUACAAAAACUCUCCUUGGUCGAUUGCAGAGAAUUUAAAGAACAGUAUGCGUUAGUUUUGGCUCACAGCCUUCAAUCAGGAUGCAAUAAGCUGCGUGAAAUUGACCUCACCGGCUGUAACAUAGGUAAAAGGUUAAUAUUCUAGGUCUAAGGUCUAAAUUUGGGGCAUUUCUAUAACACUAACAAGGCUCAAAAUCACCCGUCAAUGCCUCAAUGACUGGCCAAAUUAAUUUAUAAAUAUGACCAGUCAAAUUUCUAUAAAUGCCUGUUAUAGUGACCCAUCAAAUUUUGCCUCUGGCGACAAGAUUUAUUUUUGAGAUAUCGUUAAAUAUUUUAUCAACUCUUCAUUUUAUGAAUCCUGCUGCUGAGACAUUUACGCACAGGAUUCCCCCCCCCCGUUCUAAUGGUUGGCCCCUAAACCACUAUGCCGCAACCAUACCGAGCCACAUGCUGCUAGUAAGCUCACUGAAAGCUUUAUGUCAGCUUUAUACAUAGCUGACUACCAGAUAUAUUGUGUGUAUAUCUGGCAGUCUGUGUGUAUCGUCUAUACAGUGUGUAUAAUUGAAUUAGGUGUCCGUGGAACGACAUUACUUUUGAUGUUAGCAGCCGGACAAUCUCUUCCCAAUAUCACAGAAUAUUGUUCCAAUAAAGACACAACAAAUAAACACACAGCAGUCGACAAGAACAAGGAUCGGUCAGACAGAUUAUCGAUAACUACAAACUGCUAUGUUGAUGAGAACAACUAUGAGCUGUUUCUGGACGUUUUGGAAGGCGAUGAUGUAAUUUAUGAUUUCACUGUGUCAUAUUUCUAUGCAAUUGCACUGGGACUAAUACGUAUUGAAAAGAUAUUAAAGGCAUUGGCAAUUGUCCAGGUUAGCGAUGUUAGUUUCUGUAAAACUUUUAAAUUUCUUCAUAAAGCACAGAAUUAAAUUUUGUUAUCUUAUAUACUGGAAUGCCUAUAAUUUACUUAUUGCUUAAAAACUCCAAAAGCAUUUUGCAAGUCAAGAUUGUCUUGUGCUGAUUUUGAAGUUUAUCACAAUGUGCGGAACCAUAUGUUCUCUGGAAUCUAUAUAUGCAGACAUUUUAUAUUUGAUUUAUAUACAGGAAAUUUUUAUUUUUGAAUUUUGCUGCCAGGAAGUGAAAUAUAUUUUCCAGGCCUGCAGAUAAGAAUUAUUGUUAAACUUUUCUAUUUUAUUACAGGCAGAAUCAGUGAUUGGAUUGGAUCUACGGAUGAAUGACUUGCCAGUUUUGUUAGAAAAUAGGCCUCGGUGCUACAAAUCAUUAGGAAGGUUCUCAAGUUUAAAAUAUCUUAAUCUAUCAAUGAAUCUGAUUGCAUUCACAAUUUUCUUUGUCCUGAAACAUAUCUCAGCCCCUCUGACUCAUUUGAUCUUAAAUAACUGUAGUAUAAACGCAGGCCAUGUAUAUGUUGAUUUUGCUCGAGUGGCAACACUGCCUUGCAUUCAGAAAUUAGAGCACUUGGAAAUUGCAAACAACCAAUUUAAAGAAAUUGGAGAAGGUCUCAUGAAACUUCUCAAAAAAUGUAGUGGAACAUUAUCAUUUCUGAGUUUGGAAGGGAAUUGUCUCACAGAUACAGACGUACCAAUAAUAUUGCAACUGCUGGAAGCACCAUUUGUUUUAGAGACAUUGCAUAUUGGUAAAAAUAAUUUCUCAAUCAAUUCAGAGAGGUUGUUGUAUAGCAAAGACAAGCUGCAUAAAAUUGAAGAUAUUGAAGUGACUGAAAAAUAACAUUCCUGAUGCUUAGUUGGCAGCUUUAAGGCCUGUUUACAAUUUUUGCUGCGAUUUCUAGGCGAUUUUUCCUUCUGAUGGAUGUGAACGAGUGGAUGAGUUAUGAAUGUUCAGAGUACAUGUACCCUCAUCUGAACAUUCAUAACUAAGCCACUCGUUCACAUCCAUCAGAAGAAGAAAAUCGCACCUAAAAUCACAGCAAAAAUUAUAAGUGUAAACGAGCCUUUCCACACAUAAACAUCUCGCAACUUGUCAAUUGUUAUUUUAUCAAGUUGCUACAAGGUUGUCACUCACAACUUGUUGACAAAUUGAUGAAUUGCAGGACAGUAACAUUGCAGAACAGUAACAAGUUGUCGGAACAACCCGUAACAAGUCUGUUGAGCUCAAGGUUCCACCUUGUAGCAAGUUGUCAACAAGCCGUUGACAACUUGUCAACAAGCUGGGAACAAGCAGUGCGAACACAUCCUGUUGACAAGUUGUUGUAACAACAUUGCUACAAGUCUGCUGCAGGUUUAUUAUGCGUGUGUAUCUGAAAUUCUGAAAAUGUUACUUAAACUGUAGACGAAAUACAGGACCCUCACGUUUUAGAAAGCAUGCUUGAACUGACAUUUGUACAGUACAGAACCAUAAUAUUUAUGCAGUUUCAAUAAUUGGUUACAUUUUCCUACCUGACCUUACAAUAUAAAUUAUAAAAGUUUCAUUCUUCACAGUAGAUCUUGAAUUUUGAUUGUUCUCCGGACUGCAUUGGAGUAUCCCUCUUGAAACUUGAACCAAAAUGGUGAAUGGCGAUUAGAAUCGCUCUCUUCGUGUGAACUGUCGACUAAAUACGAAAGAAAACG